AUGCUCAAGAUUGUCGCUGACAUCAUUUCCCUAAGUAGUCCUCAGGCAGUUGUGAAAGAAGAGGAUGAUGGGCAGUAUGGCGUAUGGCAGGUCAAGGGCGACUCUAGUCUCGUCGAAUCCCUCGCUGCAGGGUACUGGAAGUUGGAACUGGUCUCUCCCAUCAUGUACACCAUGGAGUGGAUGUGGCACAGUGAUUUGAGCUUCAUCUUCGGAGCGCUACGUGGCGCCUUCAAUUUCCAUUUGAACCAGGCCUGCUCGAUGCAUAUUCAUACAAAGCCCCUCGGAGAAUGGCACCCCGAGACCGUUCGCUCCCUUGCAAAAGCCACCGCUGUGUUCGACGACGCCAUUGCGAAGAUCAUGCCGGGGGGUGCGCAAGCAGACGAUCUGGCUAGGCCCAACUUCCGCAAGACCACCAACUCGGAUCCGGCCAAGGCCAAGCUCAUUCCGAAGCUAUCCGGCACCGAGGAGAGAUUGGUGUGUCCCUCUUCGACAAGUUGA